GUUCUCAUCUGCUCUCAUAUCACGAGCGGGGAACCCUCCCUCUCCCGCGAAGCAUCACGGCCUUGUCGUGAAGCGGAGUCCUUAUCUUUCAAAACUCUACGCCUUCGGCUCCAAAUUCACACAGCGAGAGAUCAAUACAAUAUACUUGUCGAGAUGAGGGGUCGUCCGGUAGAUCAACUCGUUUACGAGUCCAUGUUUCCCAAGCCGCGUUCGACAGACGUGCAAAACUUCCAGUCCCUACUUCAUCGGCACCUCAUCCUUGAAGUCCGUCAAGAAGUCCACUCGUUUUAUGGCCACCUUGAUACUCAGGAGGCCAAAUACCCAGGUCUCGACUAUUGCCAUCCCAUACAUCGGAUACGUCUCAGCCGUUGGCCGUGGCACCGCCGCCUAUUCCGCGCAUUUGACAGUCUCCGCCUGACCAGUGCCGAAAUCGCGGGUCUGACAAAGUGGGAGGGUACCAAAUGGGCGAAGGACCGCUUCGAACGUGACUCUGGUAUCACUAUUCGAGACACCGCCGCCGACAACAUCUCUCUCUGGGUCGAGCCGGAGCACAGGCCCCAAACUACUGGCGAGAUCCCAAGAGCCACCUACCAAGAACCCGAAGAGGAAGAAGAUGAGGACGAGGAAGAGGAAGUAAUAGAUGAGGGAGAGGAUAUUGAGGAAGAUGAUGAAGAUGAAGAGAAUAUGGACCUUGAACAGGUCGAAGAGGAAAGCGACGGGGAGUUGGAAAGUAUCGGGUUUGCUUUGAACGAACACCUUCGAGAGCGAGCAGCUCGCCAAGAGGCUGGAGAACUGUCGGAACACUACGAGGAGGAGUGGGAGCAGUGGCUGAAGAAUGCCAUAGACUCUGGCGAGUUCCCAUUUCUCACAGAUCCAAACCAGCAACCAAGCGACGCAACCCUAAUCCCCCAGGCCCUCUUUCCCCCAAAUAUGUUGAGUGCGGCGAGGGCAGGACGUUGGGAGGUGAUACCAGAGUUUCUUCGUGAUAUCAUCCGCCGGACGAUCGAGCUGGAGAGGGCGCCGAGAGAUGAUCCAACGCCCGUCUUGCCAACAUCGCGGGCCAGGUCCUCCGAGACCUUCAUGGGCGUCGUUUUUGAACGUUUAGAUAAUUUCCACCGUUCCUACUCGGACAUACGAUUGCCUACGUCGAGUGGAGAUGGUCGCGGCAAUGCUACAGAAGUACGACUUCAGCGCACGGCUCAGCCAGGCGCAUGAAGUGGCAUUGGUUCUACUGGUAUGGGUGAUAUGCGAUC